UCACCUGCAACAGGUUUCCCUUCAGUCCACAGCAUGUUGUCUCGCUCUUCGUACGUUCGCAUUCGUUGUGACAAAAUGUGCAUAUUGAUUUGGAUAUAAUUCGGAUACUGUGACCAACAGCUGCUUGAGAUGUGAAUCGGGAAUACGGCUGGGAGACACAAUUCCUGCUUUGUAGAUUUAGGUGCCAAUUACCUCCCCAUGAUGCGUUCCUACAUGACAGACCACCGCACUCCACUGGCAUGGCGACAUCGGGACAUGACCUUGCAGAGUGGAGGUGGUGGUCAAAGGAAUAACCAUCAUCAUCAUCACCAUCACCAUCCUCCUCGACCUCCACCCAGUCCUUCUGUGACCACCACUUCCUCUGACGAGAGGGAGGAGGUGCCCAUGGUUCGAGCUCCACCACUCAGGCGGCCCAACAGCAGGGGCGCCCGUUAUCACAGGGACGGUCACUCACAGUUCUCGGCUGUGGAACCUUACCAUGGACCAACUGGCCCUUUCAGGAAUGGGACACUUCGAUCUACAAGGAGUGUGCCAGCUUUAGCAUUGGCAACUUGGGAUGGAGAACCAUGCCCAGUCCACGGGCAUGGCGUACCUUUGUUUCAUCACCAACAUCCCAUGGGACUAGGCAAUGGAGGAACACUACGUCGCCAUGGAUCCCUUUUUGAUGUCCGAAUGCCUUACUUUGGUCAUCCUCCUCCACAUUUCGGACCUCCCUCCCUGCAGUAUCCUCCACCACCGCCUUUAAUGGAUAAAAAAUCCUUCCACGGAUCCAUGCAGAUGUUGGGCAAUCCGUACAUGAUGCCUCCCAUGAUGCGACCAAGACCCUUUGUCAUACCAGCUCCUGCCGAACCGCUACCUGUGAGGGACCCUUAUAAAAUGAGGACACCACCUGCAUCAGGAUAUGCGGGAUCGAAAGCUGAUGAUACCUACAGUGUGGACCAAGUGUGUUGUAAAGGACAUCUAAUCGUGCUUUGGAUUAUAUUGGCUGUGGUGACCAUCGGCGUUAUAUUAGGAAUUGUUCUUGGUGUAACUAUAGCGUAACAAUAGAAAAAUGUGCCUACAGUUUCUCAAAUUAAACCGACUGUGCUUACAAAGCCUUCUAAAAAUAUCGGUUUGUUCAAAUUUAGCAAGAGUGAAUGCUUUAGUUUAUAUACAUUGAACAAAAAUUUACAUCGCAGUUCCCGAGAAACAGUUCAGGUUUCUUCCAAUGUUUUUAAUACAGCUUACGAACAUACCAUCAAAAGUUUAGCAUUUAAGAGUUAUUAUCAUUCGUAUAGAUAUUUUGUAUUCAAAAUUUUUGUCUAAUUUAAAGAUUAGGCAAAAAAUCAAGAAGACACAAUGAGUUCCUCAAGAUGAGAAAAAAAAAAACAAAAAAAAACGACACGGAUUAUUUUUGGAACAUUCUAAGCUCAAACAAAUAUUACAAUAUUUUAUUUCUAUAAUAGCCAAUAAGGAAAACGUAUGUGCAGAUAGACAUCACCUAUAAAGGACAAACAGUUUCAUAACUUUUAUAUUAUAUGAGUUUUAAAUGCUAUAUAAAACUUCUAUAAUUCAUCAAUAAUGUUCAUUUUUGUUAAUUUCAUAAUUGAAAGUAGUGAUUGUUAAAAUAAGCAUUCCUUUUUCCUGGGCCACAAUUUUAAUUCUUUAUCUUUACAGUUUUCUAUCUUAAAAGUUUCUAAAAUUAAAAAAAAAAUUAUAUUUAAAAAAAAUUGAAAUCAUUCAUGAUUUAAAUUUUAUUUAAUUUGUUAUCAUCAUACAUAACGUCCAUGAUUUAAUACUGAAAUAUGUGGGGGUUUUUUUUGACCAAAUUCUCCGACUAAUGAUCAGUUUUUACUAAAUGAUAUAAGAAUUAAUCUUAUAGAAUAAUAUUAUGUGAUAUCUGAGUAAGAAACUGAGAAGAAUUAGAAGCAAAUUAAAUCAUGUAUAAAUUUAUUUUUAUAAAGAGUGCUACUGAUUAAUUUCUAACCAUAUUACAUAGUUGUAAAUAUUAAAAAUUCUGUUUUGAAUUUUUAAAAAUUUCUAUCUUUGCUUUGUUAUUAUAAUUGAAAUAAAAUUAAUGAAACAGUUUUUAAAAACUCACUGCUACUAAUGCACUAAAAAGCAAUUUGCUUUAUUCUAAUUAUUUUCUUAUGUUUUUUUUUGUCUUUAAUUUUUAUUUUAUUACCAUAAGUAUUAUGAAAACAUGAAAUCAUUUUUUUUCUCAAAUUCUCUAUUACAUGACGUCCCUCAUAUAAAAUCAAAAUUUAAUUCAGUCCUCAAAAUAGUGUAUUAUUAUCAUGAAUAUGUCAACUAAAUGUACAAAAAUUCAGAAAGUGAGUCUGAAAAGAUUUCAAUUUUUUUUUAAUAGAAGAAAGAAUAGUUAACUUAAAUAAUUGAUUUUAAAUCAAAAGAUCGUAAUUUAUGUCAUUUGAGCUCCAAUUUAUUCUCAAAUGAAUAAUUAUAGUUUUCACCCACAUAAGCUUUUUACCUUAACAGUGAUUCUUUGGGAAUUUAUGAUUGUUUAGAUGUCAAAAAAUAUGAACAUUAUAAUUUCCGAAUAAAUUAUUUUCUAAUUUGUUUAUGUUUUAGAUAAAUGAAGAAAGAUUAUACAACUAAACUAAGUGGUUUUCAAACUUCACUGAUUCAUGUCGCCCUUACUGAUGGUUUAGUUGUGCUAACGUUACUUUUGGAAAGGGCUACUUUUUAAAAAGACCUCGUAGCUUUAAUGUCUGGGUAGAUGAUGAAGACGAUAUCCGUUCUAGUAUCAACAAUGUCCCUCCCCAUUCCAAACUUUAGCACACACCAACGUGAGAACGCUUGACCCACUCCAUUAGACUGCAUACUUCCUAAAGCCGCAUACACAACAGAUGUUUAGUAGAAUCGGGUUUCGAACCAAGGGGCCUGUGGCCCAGAAGCUGAGAUCUUACCACUAGGUUACUUAUUCAGAAUAUUCCGAAUUUUUGGAGCUCUUAUUGAAACCAAAAUAUCCAGAAUUUUCUAUGUUCCGUUUUGUAAAACUGCGAAACAUAUUUUUUGCAAGAUUAUUCAUAAUUAUUGUAUAAUUAUGAAUGAAAUAGAUCGUGGCAUCUCUAUGAAGGAGAUGAGGCUCAGCGGAGCGUACUUUACAAACCACUGCGCUGAAUUUUCAAAUUUACAAAAAAGUAGAACAUAUGUUUGAGGUUGUUUUGGGCUAAUUUAAUCAUUUACCGUAUAUUCAAAGAACAAGAUAUUUAAAGAUGAUUCAGCCUUUUCUAUUCUUGCUAAAUUUGAACUGCCGUCAUCUACGCUAAGUUUGUAUGUAUAUAUAUUUAUCUGUUUUUAUAGACAUUUGAAAUUAGAGAAAGUAUUGUCGUUCAGACAUGCCAUAAUAUAAUAAUAAUGACAAUCCUAUUUAUGAACUGAGUGCGAAGAGUGCUCUUAAGCAAGUGUUGGUUGAAGAAAAAGUCGGAAUUGCGAAAAUGAACUAACGAAGGAAGAGUACAAAAGGACUGAAAUAAGAAUACUUUGCGAUGAAUGAACUAUUGUGUCCGAAAGAGCAAAGAUAUUUAAGAGGCUGAUAUCGAAAUGUAACUGCCAAUUAUAAUAUUUUUUCAUGAUUUUACAACUAAUGACACGUCAUUCAAAGACUCGUUUCAUAAAAUGUAUUGUUUUCUUCGAUUGCUGACUGAAAUAGCAAAACAAUGAUCUUCUGAAAUGAAUUAGCCUGCUCAGUAGUAAUUGAUGUAUAGAUACGUAAUAAAACGUUUCUUUAUUUGUUUUCAGUAUUUGACUGAUAUCGUAAUAAAAUAUAAAUACUUUGAAUAAUUAAAGAUAUUUGAUUUUUUAACUAUCAGUAUGCAUAAACUUCAAUGGAUUCUGGAAAAUGGAUCAAAUUCUUUGUUUGAUUAUGUAUAAACAAUUUCUAAAUUGCAGUGAAAAUAGUAUAUUAGUAUUUGUUCCCGCCUUUUGAGGCGAAAAAUGAUUUAGCAUUUGUAAUCCUAUGAAAAAUCAAUUAAUGCAUCCAAAAGAUAAUUUUACUUCAUUAGCUGAAUACUACUGUAACAAAUUUCUGAUUAUUUUGUAUUUAUUUCAACUGAAACCAUCAAAAACAUUUUUAUUAUGAAUAUCUGCAUAAAAUAUGACCUCUUGAUUUUCAUUUUGUGUAUGAAAUGCAAUGCUCUCUAGAAACAGGCCAUUUUUAUCUAACAAAAAAAUAAUGUAAUCUGCUCAAUCUCUAAAUUGCAGGACAAAAAUGAUACAUCUGCUUUGUUCUGCUGUGAUGAACAAAUAAAAAAACUUCUUUAAACCUGUUAAGCAUUUAUUAACCCAGAAAAGAAACUUCUUUUCACGAAUAUCAAUUCAAUCAAAAGAAAAUUUUGCUUUAUUAGAUAAGUGAUAACACAGAAAUUGUCCGCGAUGUAUUUUAUGUGUUAAAACUUAUCUUAAUAAGCGAGGAAGAAGUUAUUCAUAGCCUGAGAAAAUCAUUGAAGCGAUUCAAACUAAUAACAUCAUUUUCAAACUUUUCUUUGCGAGUUUCUUAUUGCGUUGAUUUUCAAAUUUGUAAAUAGAGCGGAAAUCGCUGUUUUUGGUUUCGUUAAUUUUCCACCAGUUUAAUUCAUUAAAUAGACCAUCUAACCAGGGCGCCAUCUUAAAAUAUAACAUGUAAUAUCAUUAACAACAAAACGUCUUGUAUCUUUAUAUAUAUAUUUUUUAAUUCAAAACAUAGAGUUUCAUAUGUAGAUAUGUAUUUCAUAACAUAUUUUUGAAAACUGGAUUUUAAGCAUUUUAAUUAAUUUUUUUGCCCAGAAAAUAUUGUAUGUCUUCAAGCAGUUCGUGUGUAACUGGAAAAAUUAUGGAAAUUGAGAUCAGAUACAGACAAAAAGAGAAAUGGAACUGAAUUUUAUAUAUGUCAAUU